AUCCCUUCUCUCCUCUCGCAUGCUCCGUCUUCCUGCAGCAAGACAUGCUCUGAGCCUCUGAUAGACCUUCUCUCGCGUCCUCGCAGUCAACCUCUCCUUCUCCUCUUCGAGCUGCACGCUUUGUGUCGCCCGUUGCCGCUCCUUUUGCUCUUGAGUCUCUCUUUUGCCAACUCGCCGUCGCGCUGUGCUGCGACGCGCCCUCACACUCAUUUACGAUUUACCAUUGUGUUUUGCAUACAAUCACCGGAAGUCCGAGCUUCACAAAUUCCCCUGCGCCACUCGCCCGUCACUGGCAAGACCCGGAGUCACCCACAUCGUCCCUCGAGCAAGACCUGAGUGUGCUCUGAUCUACUCUUUGUUCUUGAACAAAGUCCAUAACAGGCAAUAAACCCAUCUGAAGCCAUGUAUUCCUUCCGGACGACGUCUCUGGCCCUCCUCUCCUUACUCACCACCGCCCUCGCUCAGACUUUCACAUCAUGCAAUCCCUUGGAGCGGACAGAUUGCCCGCCCAACACCGCGCUCGGCGUCAGCAAUUACUCGAUUGAUUUCACCCAAUAUACCAUGUCGGACAAGGUGUGGAACGUCACUGCUGGCGCCAUCAAUUAUGCAGACGACGGUGCCGAGUUUACAAUCAACCAGCGUGGCCAGUCACCCACCGUCCAGACAAACUUCUAUCUAUUCUUUGGUCAAGUCGAGGUUAUCAUGAAGGUCGCCAAGGGUCAAGGCAUCGUGUCUUCGAUUGUUUUGCAAUCGCAGGAUCUGGAUGAGGUGGACUGGGAAUUUAUUGGAGGGAACAACUCAUAUGUUGAAACCAACUUCUUCAGCAAGGGCAAUCAGACCGACUACGGCAACGCCAUCUGGUAUCCCAUCAAUGAUCCUCAAAAUGAGUGGCACAAUUACACCUUGGACUGGUCGCAUGAAAAACUAGAUUGGAUCGUCGACGGAAACGUCAUUCGCACUCUGACAUAUGAUGAGGCCAACGGUGGGCUCAAAUUCCCCCAGACUCCCUGCGACCUCAGACUCGGCAUUUGGGCGGGUGGUGAUCCCAAGGAGCCGGAGGGCACCAUCCAAUGGGCCGGUGGCGAGACCAAUUACGACGAUGUUCCCUUCACCAUGGCUGUGAAGUCCGUCCGAGUAUCCGACGCCAGCAGAGGUACUCAGUACGUCUAUGGCGACACCUCUGGAAGCUGGCAGAGCAUCAAGAUUCUCAAUGACACCAAACCCAUCCAACUCGACGGCGAAAACAGCCAAUCCAGUACGCAAUCCGUAGAACAGAAGUGGAACGGCCUGCCCCAGAAGACCAAGUACAUCAUCAUCGCCGUCGUCUGCGGCGUCGCGGCGCUCUGCAUCCUCAUCUUCGCGUUCUGCUGCAUCCGCCAGCGCCGCGCCGGCAAACACGAGAAACUCGUCGAGGACGCCAAGUACGAAAAGAUCACCGCCGAGGUCAUGGCCUACCGCGCCGACAUGUCCCGGAUGCGGGCCGAGCAGAAGAUGAUGGGGACCAGCGUCCACAUCAGCCCCGUGAGUCCCAUGGGCGGCAACGCCGGGGCCUCGCUCCAGGGCUACGGCCAUGCGUCGCCGAUGAUGGGUGGCGCGAGAAGCCCGAACCCGGGCUACGGGUACGCGAGCAGCGGGUACGCAAGCAGCGGAUAUUCGCGAGGCUAUCAGAAAUAUUGAUGAAUGGGGAAGAUCGUCGGAAGCGGGGCUGGGGUGAUAUCUGGAACUGGAGGGGUGAGAGUGCCUGCAGUUACAUUGUAAGAUAAACGAGACUAGCAAGAUGAGUGGAAAGGCGCGUGUUUAACUGCAUUUCAUUUUUUUGAGCGUUCGGCUUACGCCGGCUCCAAUGUUUCAUUGUUUGUACAGCUCAUUGCUUCAUUUGCUCAUGUCUCUCGUUCCAGGGCGAUUCUCUC